GUUUAUUCUCUCUGGUCCUGAGUCCUCAUCAGUCCACCUCAGGACGUCUCCAUCCAGGUCCAGGACCGGGUUUUAGGAGAGUUCGGAUCAGGAUCGUCUGUUUCUGUCUGAUCCGGUUUCUGUUUCUUCACUCGACUGUUUACGUCUAUCAGAUCCAACAUGGCGGCUUCCGCGGCUUCACGUGAGCUCUUCACAGAAGGAGUGAGAGCGGUUCUUCACUCCUGGCCCGUUCUACAGAUCGCCGUGGACAACGGCUUCGGGGGGGUAUAUGGGCAGCAGAAAGCUGAUUGGAUGGUGGAUGUUGUUCAGCAGUAUUUCCAUGACAAUGCUGACCUGCAGCAGUGUGAGGUUGAGGAUUUCAUCGCUGAACUGAUAGAUCAGGAGUUUGACACAGUGGUGGAUGAUGGGAGUUUACCUGAGGUGUCGGUCAGUCUGCUGCAAGUGUUCAGUCUGUGGCAGCAGGGGGCGCUGCAGCAGCUCCAACACACCAUCAACACUCUGACACAGAAGAAGAGUCAGAGGGCAAAGGUCACAACUCUACCCACACAGUCUGAUGAAGAGAGUGAUGAUGAAGCUCAGGUGAUGGAGUGUGAAUCAUCCAGUCCAUCAGUCAGCAGGACACAUCCUCCUCCUCCUCCUCCUCAGGAUGAAGAGGACGGCUGGACGGUCGUCAGGAGAAAGAAGUGAAGAGGAGGAAAAACAUGAACUGUUGAACUGAAGCAGCUGACCUUUGACCUUAAGGAUGAGAGUGUGUGACUCAGUGAAACAGACAGAACCACCUUGACGGGUCGACUCCAUCUGCUGGUUCUGAUCCAGACCUCCUGAUGUUUGGACAACGUGGACCUGCAGAUUCUGGAUCCUUGUUUUUAUAUUAAACCUGGUGAAGAUACUGA